CCUGCUUCCAAUCUCCAUGCUCGCGAGCCAGCCAGGUUUGUUUCGAACGAUUCUACGGUACGGAGAUGUUUAGGAAACACUGAUUGAACCAAAAAACCUCUCAUUUAACUUCUCCCAAAUGCAGACUCAGCUUCAAGCUCAAAUGCUCUCUCACUGUCACUCCGGAGUUCUCUCAGCGUAUCUCACCAGAGUCUCGCCUCGAUUAUCUCAUCCUGCGCCUCACAAGAUUUGCUUGUAUAAUCGGAACAAUUGGUCGAUUUCGUCCUUCACUUUUGGUGCAAUUCCGUUGGAUACAGUGAGAAUGGCUUCGGUUAAUUCUGCUUUCUCAAGUUGCCGCAGCAGUAGGAAAGCCGCUCCCGUUGGAUUAGACAAUUCUGACCUCGACCGCUUUGCCGACGUAGGCAACCAGGUCGCUGACGCCGCCGGCGAAGUCAUUCGCCUGUACUUCCGGAAAAGCUUUGACAUUCUUGAUAAAGAGGAUUUGAGUCCCGUAACAAUUGCUGAUCGAGCAGCGGAGGAGGCCAUGGUGAAAAUCUUAGAAGUGAAUUUUCCUUUGCAUGCAAUCUUCGGAGAGGAGAAUGGAUGGCGGUGCAAAGAAGAUUUUUCCAACUUUGUUUGGGUAUUGGAUCCAAUUGAUGGGACGAAAAGUUUCAUUACUGGCAAACCUUUGUUUGGCACAUUAAUUGCUUUACUUCAUAAGGGCAUUCCGAUUCUUGGUAUCAUCGACCAACCUGUGUUGAGAGAGAGAUGGAUUGGAAUAAGUGGGAGGAGAACUACUUUAAAUGGAGAAGAGAUCUCCACCCGCAAAUGUUCUAAACUUUCGGAAGCCUAUCUGUACACAACUAGCCCACAUUUAUUUAGUGGUGACGCCGAAACUGCCUUUGCUCGAGUAAGAAGCAAGGUCAAAGUUCCCUUAUACGGUUGCGAUUGUUAUGCCUAUGCAUUACUAGCAUCGGGCUUUGUAGAUCUUGUUGUUGAGUCCGGCCUCAAGCCGUACGACUUCCUUUCCCUGAUACCCGUGAUUGAAGGUGCCGGUGGUAUUAUCGCCGAUUGGAAUGGAAAUAAUCUCCUUUGGGAGCCUUCUCCCAAAGCACUUGCAACAAGUUUCAAUGUAGUCGCAGCAGGGGAUAAAGCGGUUCAUCAAGAAGCUCUACGAGCACUGGAGUGGCAGUAAUGCUAGAGGUCGAGAAAAUAGUCCUGGUGGCUUCGGACAACGGCUCUCCGUAGGGGUUCGGCAGCUCCAAACUUGGAAGGAUAAGCCGAUGAUUGGAGCACUCGAUGAUGAUGGGAGGGGACGUCAUGAUUGAUGCCCGAUCCAAUUCAACUCUCCUCUUUGAUAGGCAAGCAGGUACAUCCUCUCGGUCUCUUUUAGUGGACAACCAAUGCGAAGAAAAGCCUAUUUCUCCAAAAUCCCUUGGAGAAUAAAUGAAUGCUUGCCUUGGUACGGUAGUUCAAAGAUUGUUUCGUAUGGUUCAUUCUUUGAACCUCCGAUGUCUUUGAAAAACAAAGAAAUGUGUUAUUCCCGAAGCAUGGAAGCUACCUAAGAAUGGAGAAGUGGAAGUGGAAGUGAUUUAUAAUGAUUUGUAGGGGUCAACUCCGGUGUCAUCCCUUGGAUGCUGAUGAUAUUGGAUGAAGUUCGUCGAUGAUGCUACCCGAAAUGUAUGAAUAUACUUCUUUUCAUUACUUUCAAGAAAUGUAAAGUACUUGUAAAGGAUAGAAUUGGUUAGUAGGUUAAGUACUUGAUGUCGGAUAGUAGUGGCGAGUAUGAGAUAGACAAGUUUAAGAAGUAUUGCACGAUAGGAGUGGACACGGUUCGGUUAUUUGCAAAUAUGUAGGUAUUUGAUAAUCGAAUCGAACAAAUAUCCGAAAUUGCGAACUGUAUCUGAAUUAGACAUUUCGGUUAACUGAAAAUAUUUGCAGUA